AUGCCUCCGCGUCGAUUUGUUGGCCACCGCCCCUCAAAGGCUCCGUUUGCAUUUCGACAGAGACGUCCAGGGACCAGCAGGACGCCAGACAUACCGGAAGUUAUCCAGACGGUGCCCUCAUCUCCUUCAGGCCUGUCGCCCGCGCUAUCUCACGGUGUUGGGACUGAAUUCUCGGACGAUGUCUUCGACAUAGAGGACGACACUGUGGAAGUAAACGACGUCGUGAUGGCGCUCGAGAUGAGAAACAAUGGCGCAGUUGGCUGUGCAUUCUAUGUUGCCGCCAAUGAGACUCUGUAUCUUCAGGAAGAUACACGUAUCACAGGUCUUGAGCUUGUAGAGUCCCUUCUCCUCCAAGCACAACCUGCAUCGGUUAUCAUUCCGAGUCGUUCGCCAGAAUCUGUUGUUGACUACCUUGAGCGACAAUCGAGCCGUGAUGAUGCAGGUGUACAUGGAGCUGAGAGUUUCGGCCUCUCUCGUCCACAGAUGUCGGCCGAAAACGUGCUAGAAAUUCAAGGAGGCCGACACAUGCUUCAGGAGCUCGGCCUCGGAAAAUUUGUUCCUAAUGACUGCCGACUUGUGGGAGGGCUAGGGUCGGAAGACGACAGGGAUGCCGAUGAAAAUGAGCUGUUCAGUCGACAGCCUCCGAUGCAAGAUGCACCAAGUGCCAUAAUUUUAACGGGCCCCAACCAUUCGGGCAAGAGCGUCUAUAUCAAACAGGUGGCCAUCAUCGUCUAUCUGGCCCAGGUGGGGAGCUUUGUGCCAGCCAAUAGAGCGGUAGUUGGCAUAACGGACAGAAUGUUGAGCAGGAUUGCAACGCGGGAAAGUGUCUCGAGGGACGAAAGCGCCUUUGGCGUCGACCUCCGUCAGGCCGCCUUUUCCAUCAACUUUUCAACACGGCGUAGUCUGAUCCUAGUUGACGAGUUCGGAAAAGGGACAAACGAGGUUGACGGGGCUGCUCUCUUUCAUGCCCUGAUGGACCAUUUUCUGGGGCUGGGUCGCAGGAGUACGCCGAAAGUGUUGGCUGCAACACACUUCCAUGAAAUAUUUGACAGCGGUUCUCUGCAGCAGCACCCAGGACUGAGGCUGGCGCACAUGAGCGUCAGUAUCGACACGGGUGCAUCACAGGCAGAAGACAAGGUCAAAUUCCUCUACAAGCUUCAGCCGGGUCACAGCUCCGACAGUUUCGGCUGUCACUGCGCGGCCAUAAAUGGCGUUGAUGCUGCUGUUGUCGACAGGGCCAGGCGGAUUGCCGAGUCGCUAGCACACGGCGGGCGGCUCGAAAAGAUGUGUCUGGAGCUGCCUGCCGCGGAAAUUGGGAGGCUUCAGGACGACGAGAACCGGGCACGAGUGUUUCUUUCAGAGAUGGAGCACGAGGACUUAGUACGGCAGAAGUGCCUAUCACACAAUCACUACACCCAACACGACAUCACAAACACUCACCACCACCACACCACAUUCAAAAUAAAGUUCACUGCUGUUCUCAUCUCUGCUCUGGCUGCCGUUGCGGUCGCUCAGGACUCCUCAUCCACUGAAGUGGCCACCACCAAGACCAAGAAGUCCAAGAACACGGACACGGCAACUGACGCGACCGUUGCGACGGCAGCGACGGCAGCGACGGCAGCGACUGAUGCCUCUACCACGUUGGUAGCCACCACCAGGACGAAGGGGUCAGGCAAGAACUCGACUGCCACGACGACCAAGUCAAAGGCAGAGGGCACAACUAAGGUCUCCGGGGCGACGACGACCAAGUCGUCAGGGAAGAACUCGACCAAGACGGGCGAGAGCAGCUCUGCCACAGCCUCAUCUACAGGCACUGUGACGGUCAGCGGUGGACAGACGCUGUUGGGUCCUGGCGCUGGCGCCAUGAUGACGAUUGCCGGGCUGGCCCUGGCUUUCACCCUGCUGCUUAACAUCACGUGGCAUGCCGGGUUGACGCGCAGCGAGCGCAACGCAGCGCGCGGCCAGAAGGGUUUUACGAUCUGGUUCACGGGCCUGUCGGCGUCGGGCAAGUCGACGGUGGCAACAGCGCUGGAGCAGCACCUGCUGCACCUGGGCCUGUCGGCAUACCGGCUGGAUGGCGACAACGUGCGGUUCGGGCUCAACAAGGACCUCGGGUUCUCCGAGAAGGACCGCAACGAGAACAUCCGCCGCAUCGCCGAGGUGGCCAAGCUGUUUGCCGACGCGUCCACGGUGGCCAUCACGUCCUUUAUCUCGCCGUACCGUGCCGACCGCGACGUGGCCCGCGCGCUGCAUGCGCAGACGGCCACCGCGGCUGACGAGCCGCUCGCUUUUGUUGAGGUCUACGUCGACAUCCCGCUCGCUGUGGCCGAGCAGCGCGAUCCCAAGGGCCUCUACAAGAAGGCCCGGGCCGGCGAGAUCAAGGAGUUCACCGGCAUCUCGGCACCCUACGAGGCACCCCUGCAGCCCGAGGUGACGAUCCGGACGCACGAGCAGACGGUCGAGGAGUCUGUCGCCCAGAUCGUCGCCUACCUGCAGGACAAGGGCCUCAUCACAGUGUAG